AUGGCAUGGAUCUCUCCUGUUCUUUCAUGUCCUCCUUUUGAGGGAGAAAAGGAGUGCGUUUUCUUCAGCUACUUCCAUUGUUUGCUCCUCCAAUUAAUCUAGAUUUUGGUAUGAAAACUGGAGGCUUGUGAGGCAGACAUAAGUGCUGUUGUUGGAGUAGGCACACAAGGAGGUCAGCACCUUGCACAAUGGAAGGCUCCAUUGCUGAGACCAAGCUUCAUCUUCUUCCUCUCCUCCACGGCACACCUUCUCAGGAGCAUGGUCCAAACACAGGCAAUGGAUCAGUUGAUGUCAAAGGCAAUCCAGCAUCGAAAACACACACUGGGAAAUGGAAGGCUUGCUACUCAAUUCUAGGUGGUGAAUUUUGCGGCGCAUUGGCGUACUACGCAGUAGGGACCAACCUGGUGAGCUACCUGACCAAGGUUCAGGGACAGAGCAAUGUCACGGCUGCUAGCAACAUCGCUUCUUGGCAGGGUAACUGCUACCUGACGACAAUACUCGGUGCAUUCCUAGCAGACUCAUAUUGGGGAAGACACCGGACAAUCGUCGUCUCCCUCACCAUCUUUACCUUUGGAAUGGUUUCACUGACACUUUCAGCAGUAAUUCCACCAAACAUUCAUGCAUCAAUGGUGAUAUCCCCCCAAGAGGCAUUGUCCUCCCUUGGCCUCUACAUGACUGCUCUGGGCUUAGGUGGCAUAUGGCCAUGUGUUCCGACAUUCGGAGCCGAUCAAUUCGACGACAGCGACAGUUCGGAGAAGGCGCAGAAGGAGCUCUUCUACAACUGGUACUACUUCGCCGUCAAUGGCGGCUUCUUCGUGGCCAGCACGGCCAUAGUGUGGGUUCAGGACAACUGUGGAUGGGCACUGGGCUUUGGGAUCCCUACACUGUUUUCGGUCAUGGGCGUUGUCGGAUUCCUUGCAAGUAUGAGGUUCUACAGGUAUCAGAAGCCUGCGGGCAGCGCGCUUACUAGGAUCUGUCAGGUUGUCGUGGCGGCGUUUCGCAAGCUCCACAUCGACGUGCCAAGCGACAGCUCUCUUCUAUAUGAAAUUCCAGGGAAGGAGUCUGCCAUUGUUGGCAGCAGGAAGCUGAUGCACACUGAUGGACUCAGAUUCUUCGACCGAGCUGCCACUGUGAUUGCAUCGGAGGAAGCAUCAGCGAGUCCAUGGAAGCUGUGCACAGUGACACAGGUGGAGGAGCUCAAGAUCUUGGCGCGGAUGCUGCCCGUCUUCCUCACCGCCAUCAUCUUCAACACCGCCGAGGCAUGCUUCCCGCUGUUCGUCGAGCAAGGCGGCGCCAUGGACAACCACAUCACCGACGGCGACGCCUUCGCGUUGCCGCCGGCCUCGCUGAUGACCUUCACCUGCGUCUGCAUCCUCGUCCUGGCGCCAUCCUACGACAGGGUCCUCAUGCCGGCGGUGAGCAGGCUGACCGGCGUGAAGCGCGGCCUCUCCGAGCUGCACCGCAUCGGCGUCGGCAUGGUUUUCACCGUGCUCGCGCUCGCCGCCGCCGCGUCCGUCGAGACGGCGCGCCUCGCCGCCGUGCAGGAGAGAGGCAGCGGCGUGGCUCCGGUGAGCAUCAUGUGGCAGGCGCCGCAGUACCUGUUCGUCGGCGUGGCGAAGGUGUUCAGCGUGGUCGGGUACAUCGAGUUCGCGUACGAGCAGAGCCCCGACGCCAUGAGGAGCUUGUGCCAGGCAUGCUCGCUCAUCAUGGUCACGCUCGGAAGCUACCUCGUGUCCGCCAUGCUGAGCAUCAUCAGCUCGGUCAGCGGCGGUGGCGGAUGGAUCCCGGAGAAUCUGAACGAGGGGCAUCUUGAUCGCUUCUUCUGGUUGAUGGCGGCGUUGCAUCUCAUCAACUUCCUCGUCUUCGUCUGCUGCGCUACUUCCUACAAACGCAAGCUGGCUACCUAGCUAAUUGAUUGACUUCACUUCUGUUUUACAUUUGUUUUUUCUCAUUUCCAGAAUGUUGUGUUGCACUGACACUCCAGUUGGUACCGACGUACCAAAAUUUACAUUAAAAUUUUGGUAACUCUCGAUACCUUCUUAAGUACCGUAAAAUUGCUCCUACAUAUAUAUUUUUACAUUUGUAUUUUCAGAUCCUCCAUUUGUGUCCGGUUUUCAUCUGGCACCAGUUUAGUUACACUGAUACCAGGUACCAAGUAUUGUUGUAUUGAUGACAAAAUUAGAACAGGCACCUUUGGGUUUCCAGAAGCCAAAAAGAAAUU